UUUUUUUUUUGUUUUUUUGUUUUUUUUUUUUUUUCUCCCCUUCUUUACUCUCUUCUCUUUACUUUUUUCCUAUACAAGCAUAUCGAGAAAGUGGUACUGUCCCACGUGUCUGCCGAUCUGCCCACCAAGUCCUAACACCCGACCCUCCCUUCGAUCGACACUCGCUCGGUCGUUUUUCAUACCAGUUCGCCGUCCGUUCUCGAUCCCUACCGCCUCGCCACACUUCCCGUGUCCCUCGGUCUAACACGGAACAAAAGCGGUCGCCCACCCUGUCAUGGAAAUAAUUUGGAUGGUUUUGGUUUGACUCUGGUUCUGAUCUUUUGUGGGUGAGGUCCGCGCAUCAUGGACUCUCGUCACGCUACCCGGGAACUGUUGGAGUACCUCCGCACCGGAUUCCCCAUCCUGCUCCUCCUCGUCUUCGUUUCGUCCUUUAUCGCAAACUCUAUCCUCACGGCCAAAAAUGUCAACAAAAGCUCCACGGGCACCCGGACCGGCCCUGGCGGGAGACCGCUGCCUAAGCGUGCAAGGAGCUCAGCCGCGGUGGCAAAACCCGCGCACCAGUUCUCGCGGGCCACUAAGCUAUUGUUCAAAUGGCUGUCGGCAGGGAUCUUGGUGACCAUUGUCGCCGAUGCGGCCAUUAACAUCACCCACGUGAUGGUGGCCAGGGAUGAGCACUGGUGGUGCGGUCAAUCCGUCGUGAUAUACGUUGUGGGAUCCUUCUUUGAUUAUGCGAUCAUCUUGGUCUCAUUAUUGGAUACCAAUCCCUCACCGACUUUUCCCCAGUUUGUUUCCUGGCUAGUGGCAAUCCCGGUCGAACUAGCGAUCCUAGGGGUUUCGUCUUCCCUAUACACAGGCGCUCACCGCGAACCCGUCGUGGGCAAUCCCGCCGGCGGACGUCUUCGUCACGGCAUGACAGGAUGGGAGUCCAUGGAGGUCGUGUCCAAUGCCGUCCGGCUCAUGAUCCUGCUGGUUGUGGCCCUGCUGUAUAUGUGCAGCGCCAUCAAGGUCAAGACUCACGGGCGCAAGGCCGCUCGCAAUCUCGCCAACGGUUCCAACGAAACCACGGGCUUGCUGGACUCGUCCCGGGCAGAGCACGGUGACCACUAUGGUGCCACCAAUGGCGCCCACGGCCACCAGCAGUCGUCCAAACCCGCCGACCCCUGGGUCCGACCCACCUCGGUUCCGUCGACCAGCUGGUGGGAGUAUCUCAGCGGCUACUCGUUGUUUUUCCCAUACCUCUGGCCCUCCAAAUCCCGACGGCUGCAGAUCGUCGUGGUAAUUUGUUUCGUGCUGAUCAUCCUCCAGCGCGUGGUCAACGUGCUCGUCCCGUACCAGGUCGGGGUCAUCACCAAUAUCCUAUCCAAGAACGAUGGUGACUUCCGCGUCCCCUGGUAUGAUAUUUGCCUAUAUAUCCUUUACCGGUGGUUGCAAGGCAACCAGGGCCUGAUUGGAUCGCUACGCUCGAGUCUCUGGAUCCCGGUGAGCCAGUAUUCUUACAUGGAGCUGUCCACGGCCGCUUUCGAACACGUGCACGGUCUCAGUCUCGAUUUCCACCUGGGCAAGAAGACGGGCGAAGUUCUGUCCGCCCUGAGCAAGGGAAGCUCCAUCAACACCUUCCUCGAACAGGUCACGUUCCAGGUGGUUCCCAUGUUGAUUGACCUCUGCGUCGCCAUUGUCUUUUUAUUGAUCGCUCUUGAUGCCUACUAUGCGCUGGUCGUUACCAUUGUGACCUUCUGCUACCUCUAUGUGACUGUGCGCAUGGCUCAGUGGAGAGCCGAGAUUCGACGCCAGAUGGUUAAUGCGUCGAGACAGGAAGAUGCCGUAAAGAAUGAUUCCAUGGUCUCGUACGAGACCGUCAAGUACUUCAAUGCCGAAGAUUACGAGUUUGGGCGAUACCGGGGGGCGGUGUCGGACUUCCAGAAAGCAGAGUACCACGUGCUGUUCUCGCUGAACCUGAUGAACACGUCUCAGAAUACCGUCUUCAUGAUGGGCCUGCUCAUUGCGUGUUUUAUUGCCGCGUAUCAGGUGUCCCUGGGCCAGCGGGACGUGGGCCAGUUCGUCUCCCUUCUGACGUACAUGGCACAGCUGCAGGGACCCUUGAACUUCUUCGGUACCUUCUACCGCUCCAUCCAGUCGGCCCUGAUCAACUCCGAGCGAUUGCUGGAGCUGUUCCGGGAGCAGCCGACGGUGGUUGACAGCCCAUAUGCUAAGCCUCUGCCGCUGUGCAAGGGCGACAUCACCUUCGAGGACGUCGAGUUCGCGUACGAUUCCCGAAAGCCCGCACUCAAUAAACUGACCUUCCACUGUCAGCCCGGGACAACGACCGCGUUGGUGGGCGAGUCGGGCGGUGGAAAGUCCACGGUCUUCCGUUUACUGUUCCGGUUCUACAAUGCGGAAGGGGGGUGUAUCCGUGUCGACGGGCAUGACGUGCAAGGUUUGACGAUCGAUUCCAUCCGCAAACACAUUGGUGUCGUGCCGCAGGAUACCGUGCUGUUCAACGAGACCUUGAUGUACAACCUCAAGUACGCAAACCAAAACGCAUCGGACGAGGAGAUCUACGAAGCUUGCCGGGCGGCCAGCAUCCACGACAAGAUCAUGUCCUUCCCGGACGGGUAUAACACCAAGGUCGGGGAACGCGGUCUGCGGCUGUCGGGUGGUGAGAAACAGCGGGUGGCCAUCGCCCGCACGAUCAUCAAGAACCCGCGGAUCAUCCUGCUGGAUGAAGCGACGGCCGCGCUGGACACCGAGACCGAGGAACACAUCCAACGGGCGCUGUCCACGCUGUCUCGCGGUCGGACCAUGCUGGUGAUUGCGCACCGGCUGAGCACCAUCACCACCGCGGACCAGAUCCUCGUUCUGCACGAGGGGCGCGUGGUUGAAAGCGGGACCCAUGACCAGCUGCUGGCGAUGAAAGGACGCUACGCCAGCAUGUGGCGGAAGCAGAUCCGUGCCCAGAAAGCGGCUGCCGAGGCCCAAGUGCUGCAGGAUCGCGCCCAGCGCCUGCGAAGUGCAUCCGCCGCAGGCAUGCAGGACGACAGCUCCAGCCAGUCCGACGAGGACCGGAAUGGCAACGCCCAUUCUGCCGCCGCGCGUCAGGCGCAAGGCCAGCCCGUAGGCCGGCCUGUCGAUGGGGAGAGACACUGAUCGAGGACGCGUGUCCGGGGUUGGCUCACGCCAAUUUUGAGUGAUCUCUUCCGUUAUCUGCCCAGGUAUAUGGAUUACAUUUAGAAUGAUGGGGUGAAAUCAUCAUUAUAAUCAUUAUUCUCGGGUUCCCUACUCCUUAUCCCCAUCUUUAUCAUUUCCAUUUUUUUCUUUUCCUUUCUUUUCUUUUCUUUUCUUUCUUUGAUUCAUUUGACGGCGUUUCAUCCGGGUUACGAUUUGCAUGCAUGCCAUUAUCUCAUGGGACGGGCGGUUGCA